GACAACCUUCGGCACAGAAGUCGCGAGGCUGCAAAGGACUGUGCGCGCGAGGACGAGAGCGGAGCGAAUGGACCUUCUUUCCCCCAAAGCCAUGAAGAAGCCGAAGACGCCGCGCUGCAGCGUAAAGCUGUUUGUCCUGUGCCACGGCCUCCUGCAGCUCUCUCAGCUGCUGUACAGCGCCUACUUCAAGAGCACCAUCAGCACCAUCGAGAAGCGGUACGGCCUCAGCAGCUACUCCUCUGGAACCCUUUCCUCUCUGCACGAGAUCAGCAACAGUGUGCUGAUUGUGUUUGUGAGCUACUUUGGAAACCGCGUUCACCGGCCGCGCUUCAUUGGAAUGGGCGGACUCCUGAUGGCCGUCAGCGCCUUGAUGCUGACCCUGCCUCACUUCUUGUCCCAGGCCUACGAAUACGACUCCGUGUUACACAAUCGCCACGACAUCUGCAACCUGCAGAGGAACUCGAGCGGCCUGGAGUCAUGCGGCCGCGACGAGACCCGGCGCUUGGCCGACACCAACAACCUGUGGCUGCUCAUGGCCAGCGCCCAGCUGCUCUUCGGCGUGGGCUCCGUGCCCAUCCAGCCCUUUGGCAUCUCCUACAUCGAUGACUUCUCAGGGCCGGGCAACUCCUCUCUUUACAUAGCCAUCCUGUUCGCAGUGUCUGUGUUCGGGCCGGCCAUCGGCUUCCUGCUGGGCUCAGUCAUGCUGCGCAUCUACGUGGACGUGGACAAAAUUGGUUUCGGAGCUGAGACGGAGCUGGGACACAGCGAUCCCCGCUGGGUGGGGGCCUGGUGGAUGGGCAUGCUCAUCACCGCUGGCUGCCUCCUGCUCACCUCCAUCCCUUACUUCUUCUUCCCUCGCAGAAUGCCUCCAGAGGACAAUGUGAUCGCAAGUGAAACGGAUGCUAGUGAUGACUUGAAGAAGCCGGAUGUCUCCCUGCUGGAUUUCCUGAAAAUGUUUCCCAGAAUGUUUGUCCACCUCCUGGUGAGUCCCCUCUUCCUGAUGCUGGUUCUGGCCCAGUGCUGCUUCUCCUCCGUGAUCGCCGGCCUCGCUACGUUCCUCAACAAGUUUCUGGAGCUACAGUACAGCGCGACGUCCGUUUACAGCAGCCUGCUAGUAGGUGCUGUGAAUCUGCCAGCCGUCGCCGUGGGGAUGCUGAUAGGCGGCGUCAUCAUGAAGAAGGCCGGCCUCACUCUGAAGACCAUCCCGCGCUUCUGCGUUGCCAUGCUCUCCGUGUCCACCCUCCUCUUCAUCCCUCUCUUCUUCAUGGGCUGUCCCACGCAGAAAGUAUCCGAGGUCAAUCAUUACCAGAUCGGACAGUAUGGGUAUCCAGCCUCGUGCUACUCCAACUGCUCCUGCCCUGCCAGUGCCUUCCACCCGGUGUGCGGCUCUGAUGGAGUUGAGUAUAUUUCUCCUUGCCACGCCGGCUGCACCAACUUCACCAAAGUCGCCAACAACACCCACAGGGUUCAGCUGUACACCGACUGCAGGUGUAUAUCAGGGGAGCAGAGGACUGCCCGCCCCGCUCCCUGCCCCAACAGCUGCCCACACCUCCUCCUGCCCGUCAUCCUGGUGAUCUCCCUGGCCUCCCUGGUCGCCUGCCUCACUCACAACCCCAUGUACAUGAUGGUGCUCAGAUGUGUUCCCUCUGAGGAGAAGUCAUUCGCGAUAGGAAUUCAAUUUUUACUCAUGAGAAUAUUAGCCUGGCUGCCCGCCCCCGCUGUCUUCGGCGUGGCCAUCGAUACGUCGUGCAUCUGGUGGAAGCGCGUGUGUGGAAAGAAGUUCAGCUGUGGUUACUACGACAACGACAUCUUGAGGAGCCGGUACCUGGGCUUACAGCUGGGUUAUAAGGUCGUAGGCAUCGUCCUACUGAUGAUGCUGGGAUGGAAGGCCAAGCGGACCCAGGAGUACAGUCUGGAGAAGAGGCCCGAAGGACCGCUCUGAGGUCCUGCUGGUGGGUAAACACGCUGGAGAGCACGGAUGCAGAACGAAGCUGCGUCGGCUGGAGAAAGGCGCAGUCGGGAGACACCUGCACGGACCUCAGCUCCUGGAGACCCUCCUCGUCACCCGCUGCUUCACUGGCUUGAGUUGAGAUGUAAUGUUUUUGGACGCUUUAAAGCUUAUGAUUGGAUUUACUCUGACAACAUCACCAACAUAUUACAAGAUAAGAGAACUGCUAAAAAACCCUCUGUGUGUGUGUGUGUGUGUGUGUGUGUGUGUGUGUGUGGUACCUCACAAUAUUUUUUACGUGCGAAAGACAGUGAUGAGGGUUCACACAUCAUGUAAACAUCUUUGUCAAAUUCUCGUUCCAAUAAGGACGGAAUCUGUUCGGGUUUCCGUUUCCAAUGGGGACAUGUUCUGUAACUAGUUAAAUAUAUUAGCUUAAUAUUUAAGUUUAUCUUUUUAUAGAUGUUUGUCUCAUACACAGAGACAUCUGUGAUAACUGCAAUACCGAUUUCAUAUACGACGAUCACAUAAAACACUCCAUUGAAUUGCACCGCAAUUCACCGCACACAUGCAAGCUGCUGCUGUGGUUAUACUGGUCACAGUGGAACGUAUACGUGUGUAAUGUUACUGGCUAAUAUACAGCAUAAUUAAUCAAAUCUGCGUCAAGUCAUUUAUUCAUUUCUGUGUUCAUGUCUCAAAGGCUGAAAAAAAUGUCCAUGUAAUUCUAAUUUGCAUAUCUUAAGUGCAAAAGCAUCCAGGCUUGGUCCUUUUUAGGGGAUGAUAUUGUGGCCAUAUUUCUCUUUUUGAAGGUCCCCUGUGUCAAAAUAUAGUUUUACAACCUGUCAUUUUUGUAGUUUAGACUGUGCUGACUUGGGCCAUUUUCCUGAACAAAUUGGCAGACAUAAAAAUUGUAAUGGAUAUACAUAAGUAGUCGUGUUUUAGCAUUUGAGGGAAGGCUUUUUUGUGUAAAAUGAUUCUGGGCUGCUGUGCGCACUAAUGGAUGUUUGUAACCAACAAGUACACCUGUUUAUAAAAAAUAUAAAACAUUUACAGUCCUAUGAGCAAUAUAAAUAAAUGUACUAAUUGCAAUUGCAGUCGAGUCACUCCGAUCAAAAAAAAAAAAUCAAGAAAUCAAGAAACAAACUACAAAGAAGUGAAAGAAAAAGAAUAAAUUGAAAUUGAACUAAAACUACAUUGGACACAGUACCUUUAUCUCUAUUUUUUUUAGUCUAAGAAAAUGACCAUGAUGUCAGUUUUCAGUAUUUCCUGUCAAAUUGACUUUUGGGAAAUUGUAUAAUCCAGGUUUAGUUCAUCAAUAAAGCCCAUCGAUUGC